GCGGGCGGCGGGGGGCGGGGGCGGCGGCGCGGGCCGGGGGGGCGCGCUCCCGCGGCGGCGGCGGCGGCGGCGGCGGCGAUGGCGGUGCGUGGGCGCGCGGCGGCGGCGGCGAUGGCGGCGGCGGCGGAGCGGCGGCUGCCGAGCCUCGACGACUUCGCGGGGCAGAGCUGGAGCGCCUGGGUGGAGCGGGCCGGGCCGCCGGCCGAGCCGGGGUCGGAGCAGGAGGAGAGCGGUAAAAGCGGCAGCAAGAAGCUGGAUGCGAUGACGCUGAUUAAGGAAGACAUGUCGAUCUUCGGCCACUGCCCGGCGCACGACGAGUUUUACCUGGUGGUGUGCAACCACUGCAGCCAGGUGGUGAAGCCCCAAGCCUUCCAGAAGCACUGCGAACGGCGCCACGGCCCGCUGAGCAAGCUGUACGCCCGGGCCGGCUCCGGUCCCCCCAAGUGCCCCGCCGUCAACGGGCAGCCGCCGGCCUGCGGCGUCCCCGGCGCCACCAAGGCCCCGCGGGAGAAGGUCCCGGGCGCCCGCGGCCGAGCCCAGCCGCUGCCCGACAAGGCCCAGAAGGACAAUCUCUGCCUCUUUGUGCCCGUGGUGAACCUGGAGAAGAUUUCCAGCCUUCCCAAAGCGGACGGGCAAGGGAUCAAAGUGCCCCCCAAACCCCCCGCCGGGCCCGGGCAGCCGGCGUGCGGCUCCAAAGAGCCGCCGGCGAAACCCUCACUGGCGGCGGCACCCAAAGAGCCGGCGGCCAAGGCGGGAGGCGACUCGCUGGCACCCGCCGCCGGCCCGGCGAGGAGGCCGGAGAGCGCGCCCGCGCCCGGGGAGCAGGAGCCGGCCGCCUCCAAGCCGCCCCCCAAGUCCCACAAGAAGACGGCGCGCAAGGAGUGCGACUUGAACAGGCAGUGCGGCGUGCUCAACCCCGAAACCAAGAAGAUCUGCACCCGCUUGCUGACCUGCAAGAUCCACUCGGUGCACCAGCGCCGCGAGGUGCGAGGCCGCGCCAAGGACUUCGACGUCUUGGUGGCCGAGCUGAAAGCCAGCUCGCGCAGGGGCGAGUGCCCCAAGGAGAAGAGCCCGCCGCGCAAGGAGCCCCCGCCCGAGCGCCUCUGCCAGGACGCCGCCUCGCCGCCGCAGCCCCCCGCCGGCCUGCCCGGCGCCCCCCCCUGCCGCGCCAAGCCGCCCCCCACCCACCCGCCGCCCAGGUCCCGGCUUUCCUCCGCGAGCGACGCCGAGGAGCCGCCGGCGGCGGCCUCGGGCGAGGGAGACGCCGGCCUCUACCCCUUCGCCCUGCCCAAGGGCGGCAGCCGGGGCUCGAGCGACGAGAGCGAGGAGGAGGCCGAGGACGCUCGCCGCCCCGACUGCCAGUACGCCUCGCGCCCGCCGCGGCCGCAAGCGUUCUGCACCUUCGGGAGCCGCUUGCUCAGCCCGGGCUGCUACGUCUUCAACCGGCGGCUCGACCGCUUCUGCUCGGCGCUGGGCUCCAUGCUGGAGAGGCACCUCAGCUCGCACAUGUGGAAGAAGAUCCCGCCGGCCGCCGACCCGCAGCUCCCCGCCGCCCCGGCGCCCGCCGGCCCGAGCUGCGGCCCCGGCGCCCCGGCGCCCGCCGGCCCCGCGCGCCCCUCGGCACCCUGCCUGGCGGCGGCGGGUGCCCGCGACGCCCGGCCUCCCGCCAGCCUGGCCUACGCGGGGGGGUCACCGCCCGCGGCGGCCGCCUGCAGCCAGCCCGAGUGCCCCGGCGGCGGCAGCCAGUCCAUCACGUCGCCGCUGCCCGCCAACAUCCCCUCGCCCUCCUUCAGCAAGUUGCCUUCCACCAAGGCCAGCAAAUCCUCCAAAGCCAAGGAGCCCGACGCCGUCGCCCGCAAGCGCAAGCAGCCCCCGGGGGCCGCCGCCGGCCCCCCCUACAAACGGACCUGCCUGGCGGACACGGCCAAGGGCAAAGCCCCCGGCUGCCAGGUCUCCCACCCGCCCGGCAAGACGAAACCCUCGCCGGGCUGCCCGUCGUCGUCGUCGUCGUCCUCCCUCAACGGUUCGGUGGCUCCGGGCUCCCGGGUGAAACGGGCCGGCUUGCUGGACUGCAGGGCCGCUGGCCACCCUCCUCCUCCUCUUCCUCCGCCGCCGGCGCCGCCGGUGAAGGCCUCGCAGCUGGAAAACCGCGCCUCGCCGCUCCACGGGCCCAAGGCGCUGGCGGCGAGCUGCCUCGCCGAGGCCAAGAAGCGCAAGAACGCCGCCACGUACUGCCGGCCCGGCAAGCCCAAGCCCCCCGCCCCCCCGCCGGCCCCCGCCGACUCGGGCUGCUCCGCGCGCAGGAAGAAGCCGGGGGUCCCGCCGGGCUUCGAGGAGAAGCGCAGCGCCCUGAAGUCGAAAGCACAUUAACGGAGGAGCCCGCCGCCGGCCCGCGCCCGCGACCCCCCCGGCGCCCUCGGAGCCGCCGCUUUCCUUUUUAUAACUUUCUAUCAUUUUUUCUAAAGCGAGCGCAAAAAGCCGCCAGACAAACCCGACACCACGCAAAGGCCGACAC